CCGAACUUGGCAUCCUUUACAGUAUCUCCAAAUUCGGGCCCUAUCGUUGCUCAACAUGAGCAAUGCUUUCUUCAGGAAUCGAGGCAUUCCAAUGCAGCUUAGUGCGCCCGUGAAUGCUUGGCAGUUCCCGCCUGACCAUCACCGCGGGGCUUUCGCUUUUAUGACUUUUGGCAUCUCUCAACCAGCUAUAACCACCAGCGAUGAGCCGUUUUUUCAAGAAGCUGCACCAUUCUUCAAAAAGCCAGAGCACGCCGUCAAGCACGGAUGCGGCCCAACAACUUGCUCUACCAUCUUCUACCGCCUCGCCAAAGCAUCCCGAAAAGCACGAUGAAUCUUGCGCCCAAACGCAGAUUUCAACAGCUUUGGAAGAUGUGACUGGCUUAAUCGAGCUGUGGCCUUUGAGAGACCGUCUUGCGCAGGAGAAAAUAAACGUUGACAUAGUCGCAAUUCAUGGCCUGAAUGGAAACCCUUUCAAAACUUGGACUGAAAAUGGUAGCUUCUGGCUCCAGGACUUCCUCCCAUCCGCUGUUCCGAAUGCUAGGAUCUUCACAUACGGUUACAAUUCAGCUAUCGCCUUCUCAGGUUCGGCCGCCCGAGUGGACGACUAUGCAAGAUAUCUUCUUGAGAGGCUCGUAGCGAAGCGGAGGAAUCUUUCUACAUACGAUAGGCGCCCAAUUAUCUUCAUCUGUCACAGUUUGGGUGGUAUCGUCCUGAAGAAAGCUCUUGUCCUUGCCCACGAGCGCAGUGAGAGGUACCACACCAUAAGCUCGGACACCUUCGGCGUCAUGUUCAUGGGCACCCCCCACAGAGGAUCAGAUCUUGCAUUUUGGGGUAAGCUUUUUGGCACCAUCGCAGAUGUACUCACUUUAGGAUCUGUCCGAACACAGUUGUUGCAGGACCUACAGCCCAAAUCCUUGUGUCUUGGUAGUAUCUGCUCUCAGUUCGUCGAACGGGGCCAAUCUCUCCGAAUAUUUACUAUCUACGAGCGUCAGAAGAUGAAAGGUCUUCCAAAUUUGGUCGUCGAUGAACAUUCCGCCCUGAUGAACCUCCCGAACGAGGUUGCGGUUCCCAUCGAAGCUGACCAUCGCGGCAUGUGCCGAUUUUCCAACCAGAAAAGUGAGAAAUACCAGAUGGUGUUCGACUGCUUGAGGGAACUUUUAGAUGAUGCCCUAAACAUAGAGCAGCCUUGUAUGUUGCCUCCACCGUAUUUACCUUACACGCUGCAACAAUGAUCAUCACAAUCUCACAGAUUCCUAAGAUGAUAACCCAACAAGAACCAAUUUCCUACUCAGUCUUGAUAGACUUGACCCAGAGGACCUACUCCGUAAAGUCUCUCGACCUAGCC